AUGCAGGUAUGGUCGUGCGGUAGCAAUGCAAACGGUGAGCUGGGACGUGGUGAUCUGAAACAGGGCACACACACCAUCUAUCCGGUGCAUUUGUCCAGUUGUGUGACGAUUGUACAGAUAGCAGCGGGACGCAAUCAUAACAUGGCUGUUGCGGAUGACGGACGAUUAUUUGCGUGGGGCGAUAAUAGCCGUGCACAGCUUGCAUUGCAUCCCGAUCUCAUUAUAUGUUCUACUCCAACGUAA